CUAAGCUCGCAGCGGAUCGCCCCCCUUCUUCGAACACGAUGAGUCGUCUAUCGCCCAUCGAAGCCUUCAGGGCUCAGAUCCUGCUGGAUGACGUGAGCAUCUGAUGAAUUAAUGGCUUGCUUCCACGUGCCGUCUCCCCUCCUGUCUGACUGACUGUCUGUCUGUCUAUCUGCAGUCGUUGGUGAAGCUGGAGUUCGUUGACUCCCUGGGCGCGAGCAGCCCACAGGCAGUGCAGACCGGGGCGGGCCAGCGGGACGAGCUGAGUGAAUUCAUGGGCGAUGAAAUCACCCGCAUCAUCAACGAGCAGCGAGAGCUGGAGCGGCAAUACGAAGAGCUCAUUCUGGAGAGGGGGCAGCUGAAGGGGCUGAUGAACAAGGCCCAGUUCAAGGAGACGCAGGCCAAGAUACAGGAGGUGGCGCACCGGCUGCGUGAGAGCAACAAGAGUCUGUGCCGCAACCUGAAGGAGAGCCCCAACAUGCAGGGCAACCUUGCCAAGCUCUCACAGGAGCGGGCGCGUGUCUACGAGUGGUACGAGGACUGCAGGAAAGAACUCGAUGAGUUCUUCUUCAAUAGACUGGCACUCAAGGUGCGUGAGAACAGCUUCGUUCUGUGUGUCCGGCAACGAGGGGGUCUGCCUCUGCAUAUUUAGGUCGAGACAGGGAGGAAGAACCAGGAGAUGCUCCAAGAGAAACGGCGACAGGCAAGGUGAGAUAAUAACAGCACUCGAGCUCGCUGGACAACUUACCACGGCUUGUGCUGGCUGCAGGGAGACAGCGCAAGCCGUGCGUAUCCUUGAGGUGAGCGAGACGGCAUAAUGGCCGCCUGGCUAUGACCUUUCUCCUCCAUUCUCUUCUCCACUCAGAAAGAGCUGCAGCGAGAGUAUCAAGAGCACGAGAAAGAGGUGAGACUUGCAUCCUGCAUCUCAGCCAAUCCACCGCAUGGCGUGUCUAUCUAUGAUGUGCAAUGCAGACCAAGACGGCCAACCAGGAGAUCGCUACGCUCAAAGAAGAGCUGCAGAGGCUAAAGGUGCUCAGGCGAGGCUAUGGAUGGGCGAGUGUGUGUGCAGUGUGCACGUCUUUCUUCAGAACCAGUCGGCCAUCACGCUGACAUUUGAAGAGAAGAAACUCCGCGCUAAGUAAGCCACUAGCGCUCGGACGUGCAGAGCAGUGCUGCUGUCGACGAUGUGCAUUUUUUCUGUCUGUUCUGGUUAGGGAGGCCGCAGUCCUGCGCAUAUUCGCCCGGGUGACAUACCACACGACACAGAGGCACCAGUUGUGCAUUGAUGUCUGUGGGUAUGUGUGUGUGUGUAUGUGUGGCACCAACUCUUAGGGCGAGAAGGACUUGGUCGACCUCUUCGGCGAACACAAGGAAGCCAGGGUGGGCUUGACGGCGGAUUGGGGAUGCGACAGCACACCCAUCUGUCUCCUUUGGCAUCAGGAGUUGGAGCUGAUAGGCCACGAAAAGGCCGUCGACUUCGUCCAGUGGUACACACAGAACGUCAUCGGUACGUCAGCCCGUCAGACAGUCGGGAGGGAUGGCAAGGGAUCAAUGAAUGAGACGUCCAUGGCCAUGCUUCCAUGGCAGAGGACAAGAUGCAGUGGGAUGAGGACUACAAGCGGGACGUCAAGCAGAAGGACGACGAACUCAACGAACUCAACGCAAACAGAGGCAUGUCUUAGUCACACACACACAGCCAACCCUGCCAAUUGCACCUAUGCAUUGCUGCAUGUGUCCAUUCACACAUCUUUCGCCCGCAGGGAAGCUUCUGUCGCUCCUGCAGAAGCUGCGCGACAGGUCAGGAGAAUGGAUGGAUGUGUCUCGCCCUUGUACGUUGAUCGGUUCAUUCAUCAGGUUUGAGAAGGAACAUGCCGAGCAGGAAGAACGCGACAAAGAAGCGAGAAACCAGGUCACGUCACGCGAACCACACGCCCAACAGACACAACCACCCUGAGUCAAUGAGCGUCGUGCCUCCCUCCCUGGCUUGUGUCUGUCAGGCUGUGGUGGAGAAGCUUCGGCGGUCUCAGCGUGAGCGUGAGGCGGCGGCCAUCGGCCUCAUUCAAGCCAUCGGCCGCCAGUACCUCGACAGACUCAGAGUCAGGAUGGCCGGCAAAAAGAAAAAGGGUGAGUGAAUGAAUGCAUCGAUGACACGUGCAGGAGGGAGGCAGGUCUCCAAACGUCCAUGUGCGUGUGUGUGUGUGGUCUGUCACUUGUCCUCGUCAUCUUUGUGUGUGUGUCAGGCAAGAAAGGGAAGGGGAAGAAGAAGAAGAAGAAGUGACCAAGCUGGCCGGACCUCGCUGCUCGUGUCUGGAAAGGGUUUCUUGCUCCAGUUUUCUUCGUGGGUGUGCCGGACUUGUGAGUCUACUAAUCGAACGCUUGCUUGAAUCGAAUCAGCACACUGA